UGUUGUGGUAACAGGACACAGUAUGGCAGAGACACUCACAGUCGCCCUGCGUGUUGCUGAGGAAGCUAUAGAGGAGGCCAUCGCUAAGGCGGAGGAGUUCCGGGACAGUUUGGAGAAGCAGAAUGAGGCUCGAUAUCUGCGGGACCACAAAGAUGAGCUCAUAGAGGAACUCGCAACAACAAUUGUGCAGAAGAUCAUUCAGAGGAGGAAGCGAUCAGAGAUGCAGACAGAGUAUGACUUUGUCUGGCCACAACCUCAAUCUCUAGUCCAGACCGGUGAGCUGCCAUCUCCUUCUCAACCUCACACUUCAUCACAGGACCCUCUGAAGAACCCCUACCCUCUGUGGCGGUCCCGGUCAGCAUUCUCCCUCACCAGUGACGACUCCCCAGAGAAGGGUCCAGAAGAGGAGGAGGCGGAGGAGAAGGCUGCUGCCGCUGGUGGAGGCGCUCUGCAGGACUACGCUUCCUUAAAGAGGGAGGGCAAGGCUGCAUCUCUACCCGGCUGGAAAAGCAUGGAUCGCUUGGACAACUCAAGCGCAUCCUCGGUGCUGCAGAGCCCAGACGGAAACUGGAUCGCUCUGCACAGUUCGCAGCUCUCCCGGCCCAGCCUGCUCACCAAGAGGAAGAGCCUGGUGUACAGCGUCUUGGAGAAGGAGUCCAGAGUGGUCUCCGCGUACGACGAGAUGGGCUCCGACUCGGAGGAAGACGGGGUGGAUGACGGCGGGUGGGGCGCGGCGCUCCAACAGUUUCGCCGCAAAUUGUCCGAUGAGACUUACUACACGGACUCGCAGCAUGACCCCGAGUGGACUUACACCCAGCACCCCGGUGUUACCUCGCCGUCCUCUGGCCUGUACACCAACACGGAGACCCUCAACUCGGACUCGGAGGCCUCGUCGGUGCUGUCUGCAUGUCCUCGCAAACCCACUCACAACUUGUUGAGGAGGAAGGAACCGGCGGACUCUCAACUGCAUCCUCAUCAGCAGCCGCUGUACCAUCAGCCCCUCCAGCAGAGCUUAUCCCAACACUCAGCCCACACAGAAGUUCUGGAUGUGAACUUUAACCCCAAGCAGGUGACGGGAGACAGCAGCAAGGCGGACGACAGGCAGUGUGUCAGAAGAUCACGGAGACGCAGGAAAAGCAGAAAGGAGUCGUCAACGGACCAGAACAAACCUGGAGGUCCGAACCAUUCACAGUCCAUCUACCCCUUAGCACAGGAGAACAGUGGUUUUCUACUCAACGCUCUGCUGAAGAGAGGUUUAAGUGAGGAGCAGCCGGUGCCUAACAGUACGCUAGCAGCACCAGCCGGACCAGAUGCCCUCAAACUAGAUGCCAUGACAGCAGGAGAGCCAGAGCCCUCAGACACAGUGGCUGCAAAUUCUCCACCGCACAACUCUGCUCAGCUUCACUCUGUGUCCCCGGGGCCAGAAAUGGUCUCCAGGAGCCCGGGGCCUGGAUCUGGCUCUGGAGAUUCUCUGGUAGUGGAAAUACGAUCUAAGCUCAGUCGGCUGAUCAGUCGAGGGAGCAGCAAAGACGGCGUCUCAUCCGACGAGGAGGACAAACAGACGGAGAAAGAAAGUGAGAAACAGAAAGAGAAAUUGAGGCCAAAAGAAACGGAGAGGCAAAGGCAGCGUUCAAGUGUCAAGAAAGAGAAAGGAAGCGGAGUGAUAGAACAGGUGAAUGGGCAGCAGAUGAAACGGGCUCCCGGAUUAGCGAAGAGCUACUCGGCGCGAGAGGAAACGAGAGCUCAGGAGAGGAGGUUAGAGAAAAGAGCAGAGAGUUUUGUAGAGAGAGAAGCCGAGAAGGAGCAGAAAAGAGGAGAGGUGAACAGAGUAAGUAAGAAACAGCGCAAGAGAGAUGGAGAGAUGGAGGCGGCGCAAAAAGGUGGAGCCAGGAGGAGCGGAUCCAGUGCAAGUUCACCUGCUGUUUCUCCUUCUUCCCAGGAGGGGGGGCUGUCAAACAACCAGCAAAAGUAUUCAGCAGCCUCACUGUGCAGCAUCACCACGGAAGUGCUGAAGGUCUUGAACGCCACAGAGGAUCUGAUUGGAGAGGCUGGUGGUGAGAGCUACACCCCGUCUGAGUCCAUGAGUGCCUCUCCCAUAUCCAGCAGCUCCGAGACACGCAGGCUGGACCAGAGGCUUACCAAGAUGGAGGAGAAUGUGUACCUGGCUGCUGGAGCUGUGUAUGGCCUGGAGGGGGCGCUAGGAGAACUGGAGCAAUGUGCCCGCAGUAUUAGCAGUGGGACCACAGACACUGAUCUGGCCUUCCUGGAGGACCAGGUAGCCACUGCAGCAGCUCAAGUCCAGCAGUCUGAACUACAGAUAUCAAACAUCGAGGCCAGAAUUUCAGCUCUGAAAACAGCUGGGUUGAAUGUGACUGUCUGCAAUCGCUUCUCAAAGAUAAAGCCAAAGUCCAAGCCUGAAACACUGGACUCGUCACGCCAUCAGAGAAGGAAACUCCCAGCACCUCCAUUAAAAGAAAGGUUGGAGUCAGAGCAGCAGGUUAGAGCUCUUCGGCCAUAGAGACGAGCAGCAGCACAAGUCCCUCAGGGCCACUUUACAGAGCCUCAGGGACAGGGGCCCUUCACAUCUAGUGCCUUGACCCAGCAUCUGCCUCCAGCUCUAGGCCAAGCAGGGGCUGACACCCACCCUGCGAUCUCCACCCUCAGCCAACCUCAACAGCUGCACCUCACAAGAAAGCAUUAAAGGCUGUUUCUCUUUUUCACCA